AUGAGAAUAGCAACCGUGCAGUUUGCACCAGAGCUUGGCCAAACAGAGGAAAACAUUCUGCAGGCCGAGAACAUACUUUCUGCCUCUCCACCGCAUGAUGUAGAUCUCUUAGUAUUGCCGGAGCUUGCCUUUACAGGCUACAAUCACACGGUCGAAUCAAUCCUUCCUCAUCUUGAACUCCCGGACACAGGAAUCAGCACACGAUGGGCCAAAUCUGCAGCCGCGAAGUACAAUUGCAUCGUCAGCGUUGGAUAUCCCGAGCUUGCCACUCAAUGUGAAGGCCAAGUCGUAGCAAACCCUGCUGGGACGCCAACAGCCUACAACAGCCUUGUCACCGUGUCUCCAGCAGGGAAAAUUCUAGCGAAUUACAGGAAAUUCCAUCUCUACUACACCGACGCCUCAUGGGCCUCCGAAGGCCCCGACGGCUUCAUGGUUCGCGACUUGCCUCUACCCUCAAUGACUAAGCUCGACAAUAACGGCAAGAUUCAAGAAAGUGUGAGAGCUGCAUUCGGCAUCUGCAUGGACAUCAACCCCUACCAAUUCACUGCGCCACAGGAUGCCUACGAAUUCUGUGUCCACGCCAUCAACGGCGGCGCUGAUAUGCUCGUCCUCUCCAUGGCAUGGCUGAGUGCUCUUUCUUCUGAAGAUCUGAAGGGAGAACACCGGGGGGACUGGGACAUGGACACCUGGGCUUGUUGGCUCGCAAGGCUGCUGCCGUUCAUAGAGGCGGAAAAAGAAGUAAUAGUGAUUUUCGCGGAUAGAUGUGGGGAAGAGCCGGGGGAGAAUCCCUUUGAGAAAGACACAGAGGGUGUAAGGUAUGCCGGGACCAGCUGGGUAGGGAAGAUCGGCAGGGGAGACGUGGGGAUUUGGAGGAUGCUUGGGCGAGGGGAGGAAGGGCUGCUGCUGGCUGACACGAGUAAAGCCUAUGAGAGAGAGUUCAGGGCGUGGAGACCGAUGAAAGGCGAGGGUUAUUAUGGGACACCUACACCCGAGGACCAGGGUUGA